AUGGCUGCUGUGUGGGGAAAUGGGGCCCAGGGAGGACAGUUCCCUCUCGAGCAGUGGUUCUACGAAAUGCCGCCUUGCACGCGCUGGUGGACGACUGCGACAGUGGCUACCUCGGUGUUAGUUCAAUGCGGCGCUUUAUCUCAGUAUCAGCUCUUUUACAGCCUGCCUGCAGUAUAUUUAAGAUCACAGUACUGGCGUUUGAUCACAACCUUUUUAUACUUCGGUCCGCUGAACCUGGACCUUCUUUUCCACGUCUUUUUCCUUCAACGAUACUCGCGUCUGCUCGAAGAAUCAUCCGGCCGAUCCCCCGCGGACUUUUCAUGGCUGCUCUUCUACGCCAUGAGUUCGCUCCUGAUCAUCUCCCCAUUCCUCAAAUUGCCGUAUCUGGGCGGCUCGCUCUCAGCCAGCUUGGUUUAUAUCUGGAGUCGCCGGAACCCGGAUACGCGGUUGAGCUUCCUCGGGCUUCUUGUAUUCACUGCGCCGUAUCUGCCGUGGGUGUUGAUGGCGUUUAGUUUCAUCGUUCAUCGGACGGUGCCCAAGGAUGACAUUUGCGGGGUUAUCGUGGGUCAUAUCUGGUACUUUUUCUCUGACGUGUACCCGUCUCUGCACGGCGGCCACCGUCCCUUAGACCCUCCCGCAUGGUGGAGGAGGUUAUUCGAGGGCCGGGCUCCAGCGGCCUCGCGCGACGAGGAUGAAGCUGAGGACCUACAAACAGCGAAUAUCAACCCGGACAUUGCCGCGGCCGCAGCGGCGCCGGAAGUUUUGUGA